GCUACAAAGCCACGGGAGCCUCCGCCUCCGCUCUCCGUCCUCUGGCCACCCGAGCAGGGAAGCCCAGGUGGGUCGGCCCGCCCGUCAGCCCGUCAGCCAACCAACCAACCGAGCGAGCGAACAGGCGAGCAGGCGCCCCGAGUGGCGCGGCGAAGAGAUCGGCUCCGCUCCGCCGAGCGCAAUCCGGCGCUUCUCUCGGCGCCUUCCGUCCUGUCCGCAGUUCGGAGGAGCGCAGGCGGUGGCCUGAAUCAUCCCGGCUCUUGCCGGCCUUGGGAAUGAAUGGAGGCGGAGGCGCUGGCUCUGGGCGCAGCGCGGCGGCACUCGGGCGGGAGGGGGGAAGGCGGCUCUCCAGAAGAGCGGCUCCGGGGCCAGGCGGCGGCGCUUCUUUUUCCCAUCGCCCCCCCGGCUCUGCCAGGAUACGUGGGAUUCCCGGGGAAGCUGUGAAGCCACCGCCAGCCGCCCCGCUCGAGCUCCCCCCCUACCCCCGCCAGAUCCUGCCCUCUCGCCUUGGAUUAUUAAACCAUGCGGGAUUUAGCUAUCGAGAUCGGGAUUCGAGUCCUGCUUUUCGGCGUCUUCGUUUUUACAGAAUUUUUGGACCCAUUCCAGAGAAUUAUUCAGCCAGAAGAGAUCUGGCUGUAUAAAAAUCCACUGGUAGAAUCUGACAACAUACCUACGCGUCUCAUGUUUGCCAUUUCAUUUCUGACACCCCUGGCUGUCAUUUUUGUGGUGAAAAUAAUCCGACGCACAGACAAGACUGAAAUUAAAGAAGCUUUGCUAGCUGUGUCCUUGGCGCUUGCUUUAAAUGGACUCUGCACGAACACUAUUAAAUUAAUAGUGGGGAGGCCGCGUCCCGAUUUCUUUUACCGCUGCUUUCCGGAUGGAAUAAUGAACUCUGAAAUGCACUGCACUGGUGAUGCAAACGUUGUGUCAGAAGGGAGGAAAAGCUUUCCCAGCAUCCACUCCUCCUUUGCAUUUUCAGGCCUUGGCUUUACCACUUUCUACUUGGCUGGCAAGCUGCACUGCUUCACUGAAAAAGGUCGUGGGAAAAGCUGGCGGCUCUGUGCAGCAAUUCUACCUCUUUAUUGUGCCAUGAUGAUUGCUCUAUCACGCAUGUGCGAUUACAAGCAUCACUGGCAAGAUGCUUUCGUUGGAGGAGUCAUCGGCCUUGUAUUUGCUUACAUUUGCUACAGACAGCAUUACCCUCCUUUGGGCAACAUGGCUUGCCACAAACCGUAUGUCAGUCUACUAAUUCAGACAUCAAUGAAGAAAGAAGACACAUCUACCGCUGAUAAUGCUACCAGCCUUCCUCUAGAAGGGAUAACAGAAGGUCCAGUAUGACUAAUACAUAUGCAGGAUGAACUUUUAGCUCUUUCAUACAUUCCGCCAAACUCAAAUGGUAUCUUUGCAUAAUCAGUGUUUUUUAACAGCUGCGAUUCUACCUUUCUUGCCUUUUUACUUUUACUGACCCUUUUCUUUGCACUCAUGUGUGUCCUCUGUUAUUUUCCCUUUUCUGUUUCCUAUGUUUUUUUUUUAAAUAUUCCAAUAAGAUUGCUCCAAGGAAGUGAUUAUUAAUUAAAGCGUGUAAGGCAGAAUUGAAACUCUUGAAAUAUUAUUAACUAUUACUAACCAUUAUUUAUGAAGCGCCUUCGUGCGUAUAUUUGCUUUGCAAAACAUAGCACAUUCAUAACAGCCACAUGAGGCUGAAAGAGAGUGACAUAACCAGUCUUACUCCAAUGGACCAGACUGGCUGUUAAGGGUUAUCAAAGCCUUCUUCUAAGAACUAAUAGACAUUGUCAUCUGUGACUGACUCUUUAUUUACUUUUCUUAGAGACAUUCAACAUGUAAAAAAGACAAUUUUGUUUAUCUCAACAUUCUAAAUGCAGUUAGAGCUGCAUGUUUAUCUUCCUCUGCUUAUCUCCUAAUGGUCUAAGCAAACAAAUGUUUGCUGUACGGAUAUGGUGUGUGCAUGCGUGUAUGUGUGUGUUAGUGUGUUAGUGUGUUUGAGUGCUGCAUAUAAUGUUUUGCAAAUCCAUCAGGACUGGCUAUAGUGAAAUAAAAGUUUUCAACUUUCAGAAUCGGGAGAGCAGAAAUAUUCAGACAUCCGUCCUUCCUGACAUAAUUGACAGCACAAUUAUGCAAAGCUGCUGAAACUGUCAGCUGGCAAUAACAUGUACUGAAAAAAAAAUCAUCCGGACACUCUGGAAAAACCCAAUAUCAUGUGUGUGUGUGUAUAUGCGUGUAUGUGUGUCUCCUUUGAGCAUAUAGUCGUUUAGUUUGGAGCUCAAUGAGUUAUUUUAAACCGACACUCUAGAAUCCUGUGGAACACAACAAUCCUUCCCCAAAUCCUUGGAGAAAAUGACUUAGUGAGCUACAGUCACACUUGCUUAAACGUUUCUGUUGCCUUGAUGAAUGUGUGGCAGUCGGUUUGGGAAUGCUUAAUGUUUCUUCUGCACAAUAGGCACUUAGUAAAUUUGUUUGUUUCAAAAUGUGUCUGCUGCACCUGCAGUUUUUUGUAUCUUUCUCAAGCACCAUAUUUGUAAGGAUAUUCUAUGACACUAUGUACAUGCAUGAAGGGCAAUUAUUUGAUACCAUAGCUGCUAAUAUACAUAGAUCUUAUUCUUCCCAUUUCUGUAGCAAAAGUGAAACUUCUCGAAUGGAUUCUCCAUUGUUCCUGGGUCCCCUUUGAUUCAGAAACAGUAAUGCUAGUUUGCAUUUGUCUUCUUUAUAAUAAGAAAUUUGUCUUCUUUAUAAUAAGAAAGGGAUUGGAUAUGCUUUAUUUCUAUAAGGGGAAGAAAAGCACACUUCCAUUUGAUGAACCAGCUUGUUACUUCACAGAAAAUCACUAAUAUACAAUGAGUUAAAAAAAAAUUGAAUUCCAUCGAGUGUUUUUGUACAACUAACUUUCUUGGUUUUGGAACUUCUCUGCAACAUUGGACAUCAAAGUAAAAUAGAUAUUGGAGUUAGGGAUGCCUAGCUGGAGAUCUUUCCCAAGAUCGUAAAAAUUGUGAUCCACCCCUAAUUUCUACGACCAUCUUAAUCAGCACUGCACUGAAAAUAUGUAUCUCUUGAAGCAGAGAAGGAAAAAUAUGAUACAAUUUUCAAUGUUUAAGAAAUGUUGAUAUGGUACUAUAGAUAGAGGUAGUAUUCAGCUGGUUUGCACCAGUUUGCCCGAACCGGUUGCGGAAACCGGCUCUAUGCCAUCCUAUUUAGGCACUUUUUUGAGGCCAGGCGCAUGUGUGGAAGGUGCGCGUGGCAGCAAAGUGCAUGCGCGGAAGACUGGGCCCAUGCACAGACAGGGCAAGUGUGAAUGAAGCGUGCGUGCACUAACAGUUGCAAACCAGUAGGGAUUGUAAGGAAUACCACCUCUGACUAUAGAAGAGGAUAUAAUAUAUUAAAAUCUUGCAAUGAAUUAAACAUUUUUUCUUCUUCUCUAAUAGCUAGCUAGACUAUUGGAAGCUUUUUUGAUCAAGCCAUCGCAACAAUGCUCUUAGUGUCUCAUGGCCUGCACAUUGCACAUUGUCUAUGAAUGUAGCAAGCAUAUUUCUGUAAAAGAUGGCUUUUAUUUUCAUCCCUCCCUUUUGUGAUCUUUUCAAUAAAAGUUGGAAUAGAUAAGCCCUUUUGAAAUAAAUCGAUUGUAAAAAAAUCAUAAUCAAAGAAAAGCUGCUAAAAUCAUACACUUAAAUCGCAUAGAAUUUUUUGGAAAAAAAGAUUGUGCAGUUUUUAAGGGCAAGAAUUUUGGAGGGUAGAGUAUCUCAAAUAUUGGAUAAGGAGUGAUCCUACAUAUCUGAAUAUAUAGGCAAUGGAAGAAAUUACGAAUAGAUAUAACACCAGCAUAAUAUCAGGAUUAUUUGCCUUUAUUCAAUAAAUAUGCAAAGGCAUAAAUUUUGCCUAUCCAUGUUUGAAAAGAUUUGCAGUAGUUGUCCCUAAUGGCCAGAUAGCUACAGAUUUUGUAAAUCACUUGCAUAUUCUGUAUACAUUUCCAGAAUGGUACAUUAGGAGUUCUAUUAAAAAGGUGCUCAACAUUUUUUAUUGGGAUAUCUUCUGUGCUUCAGUGAAACACUGAAAAACGUUCAUUGUGAUGCAUGGAAAGUAGCAAAACAGAGUUGUGAUAACUCUAUGGCUUUACUUAUUUUUAGCUGUCACUGCAGAAUCCCCAAAGCCUUUGCAGUGAGCAGCCAUAACUGUGGAUGUAUGGUAGCUAGUGUGGUCUUGGGGUUUCAGUUUUACCUGGGAGCUCAUCUGUUCAUGUGCUUUCAGGUAUUUCAAUGCGAUUAGUUGAACAGGUGCAGGGUUUCAUCCCAAGGUCAUGCUUUUCCUUAUCUAUGUUUAUUUUCUUCCUGAAUGACUAUAAUAUUGAUGUGAUGCUAUUCCUACUAUUUGUGCCCACCUAUUUUUAGAAUAAAACUAGAAACUCUUUACUUUCUAUCAAGAAUAUUUUUUGACGAAGGUCUCAAAUCUAUGGUAAGAGUUUGGGUGCUAUUAAGAAAACAUAUCUGAAAAUGAAUGGAUGAUUUAAGCCAGAUGAAUACCUCAUGGUCACCUUUUCAAAAGUCACCUUUUCUCAUAGUCACCUUUACACAGAUACCCUUCUUAAAGCCUUAGACAUACCUCUCUUCAAUAUCAGUGUACUUGCAAGCAAACAAAACAAGUUACGCGUCUUAAAUGGGAGGACUCCGGAUAAAACCAACUUUUUAGCCUCUUGCGUGAUUUCAUUAUUUCAUUGACCAAAUCACUUCUUUGAAUAAUAAUUCAAAGUAUAAUAAUUCAAAGAAUAAAAAAAAGUUGAGUGCUCUUCUUGAGAGAGCCCUUGUCAAAAAGAACAUUCCAAUAUACAGCAGGCAACAUUUCAAAGAAACCUUAAUCCCCCAUCUUGCUGGUCCAAUACAUAAGGUCAUAUUACACAUGGGUCCAGUUCAAAAGUAAGAAAAAUAAAAACACUUCAGUUGUGUCCCUCUGUCUAAUACAGGGGAGUCAAAACAAGCAGCCCACGAGCUGUCUGGGUCACGCGCUGGCCUCACCCACCCAUGGUUUAGCGAAGAGGAAAAAAGUUGAAGUACAUCACGUGAUGACAAUGUAUUGUCGGGAGUUUGACACCCUGGUCUACUAUAUAAAAAUUAGAUAUUUCUAUAGAAAUAUAGAAAUUCAUCAUGUUUUCAAACUAAUUUUGUUCUUCCCUCCCUCUGGGGCUGAUCGUAUCCACAUACACACACACACACACAAAAAUAGGGCAAUGUUGUUAUUAUAUAGAGUAGCUUUUAUGUGCAGGUUUGUUGAUUUCUUUAUUUAUUGCUUAUUUUUUCCCACCUAGUCAUGAUCUCUUUUCUAAAUAAAAUUGCCUUCACAAUUUUCUAUCUUUAUAUGGAUGAUUGAAGCUUCUUAUUGAGGUGUAUGUGCACUUCUGGUGUUAUCAUGUCAUACUGCCUAGUUCUUCAAGGUUUUCGUUCAAAAUACCGUAUAGUUAUAAUCUUGCAAAAAAAAAAAAAAAAGAGGGAUUGGUACAGUAUGCUUCCAGUUCUUUCUUUUAGCCUCAGCAGCCUUCAUACAUUUACCUUGAAUGUGAUUAGAAAACGUAUUAACAAAUAAUUUUCACUAAUAAAAUCUCAGCAUCUGAUAUUCAGUGCUAUAAAAAUAUAUACUGUGUUUGGUAAACAGUUGAAGGGGUUUUGCAAUACAGCAAAAGAAUAAAAAGCUUUUUUAUUCUAAUGGAAGUAAUUACUCUGAAUGUAAAAAAUAUAUAUAACAUGUAAAUGUGUUGAUUCUAAUAUAAUUAAAUCUUACACCAGAUGUAAUGAUGUAAAACUGAUAGAAGACUCUGGGGAAGCUGCAAUUAUUGGCUCAGGUUAGUAUUGGAAGAAAGUAUUGGUACGGAUCUAUGUCUAUAAUUUUGUGAUCUUAAUGUGAAAGAAAUGUAAAUGCUGUAAUCCAACAAUAAAAACAACAUGAAUGUAAGACUUUUA